AUGGCCGGCUGGCUGUGGCUUCGUUGUCUUUUUGGGCCUCAUCUACAGCGAAUCCACCGUGCGCAGGACCAGUCCCGACCCGAAGGCAGGACGGCGAGGAGGGGAUGGAACUACCAGCCUAAGACUCUGGAAAAACACACCGACAGCAUCCUUGGUUGGGCCUUAGCACUAUGGUCGCUCUCUUACUACAGCUCGCCUCUUCUCCUCUGCUAUCUCUACAGAAAAGGCUAUAUCUGCAGCAGUAAGUUGGUUCCAGUCAGUCAAUAUGUUGGAACUGUUCUGGUGUGUCUGCUUGGAGUGGCCUGUCUCAGAGGCUGGGGGAGAUGGAAGAAUUCUGAGUACCUUCAGUUCAUUACUAUUUUGGAGGAAAGCAGGAAGAAUAACACACCGAGCAACAAAAAAAAGCUGAGAAGCUAUGACUUUGACUUCUCUUUUUGGCCGAUGGACUUCAGCUGGACAGAAGUCAGCAAUCCGAAGUUGUCAAAGGCGGGCGUCUCAUUGUUGAAGUCAGAACCCAAACUCAGGGGAGCGACAGACGGUGUCCUCAACUCGGUACGCACUCUGCCAUGCCAUGUUAUCAGUUUUCUUAUCGCCCACUCCUUUGGGAGGAGGAUGCUGUAUCCUGGCUCUGUGGGUUUACUGCAGAAAGCCAUGAGGCCCAUGCUCCAGCAAGGCCAGGCUCGGCUCAUAGAGGAGUUUGAAGGCCAAAGGAACAAGCUUGUGUCCUGUGAUGGAAAUGAGAUUGACACCAUGUUUGUGGAUCAAAGGAGAGAUGGAGGACAGAAUGGCAAAACUCUGGUCAUCUGCUGUGAGGGAAACGCAGGCUUCUACGAGGUGGGCUGCAUGAACACGCCAUUAGAGGGUGGAUACUCCGUAUUGGGCUGGAACCAUCCUGGUUUUGGAGGCAGUACGGGAGUACCUUUCCCUCAGAACGAGGCCAAUGCCAUGGAUGUGGUAAUUCAGUUUGCCGUACACAAACUGGGCUUCCAGCUCAGUGACAUUAUAAUUUAUGCCUGGUCCAUCGGAGGAUUCACAGCCAGCUGGGCGGUGAUGUCCUACCCGGAUAUUCGGUCACUGGUGUUGGACGCCUCCUUCGACGACCUGCUGCCCCUGGCCCUCAAGGUUAUGCCGGACAGCUGGAGACCAUUGGUGCAGCACACAGUCAGGCAGUACAUGAACCUCAACAAUGCAGAGCAGCUUUGCAAAUACCAGGGACCAGUGCUCCUGAUCAGAAGAACCAAAGAUGAGAUCAUCACCACCACGGGUCCAGAAGACAUCAUGUCCAACAGAGGCAAUGACCUCUUGCUCAAGCUGCUGCAGUUCAGGUACCCCAAGGUCAUGACAGACGAUGGGAUCAGAGUUGUCAGACAGUGGCUGGGAGCCUCCAACCACAUAGAGGAAGCAACGGUGUACAGUAACUAUGAGGUUGACGAUGACUGGUGUGUGUCUGUACUGCAGUCCUAUCAGACAGACAGAGACGUGUUCUUCCCAUGGAGCGUGGGUGAGGAUAUGACACUGGAAGGAAGACGGCAGCUGGCUCUUUUCCUUGCACGGAAGUACAUGCGAAACUUUGAAACGACACACUGCACUCCUCUACCGUUCUCUGAGUUCCAGACGCCCUGGAGACUGUAAGGAGAAGGCACGGGACCAGGACGGAUGGACGGAGGGAGAGGAAACGCGGCAGCAGUAGACAGGAUUGGGGUGGCCUUCAGUCAGAGCAUGUUCCAGCCACGGUGUGAAGGUGCUGCGGUGAUGUUGUUUUAAGUGUUUCCAGGUGGGUGUCCUGACAUGUAGAACGUUGGCAUUUGAAGCGAUCUGGCCUUGCCCGUCAGCAAACCUAUAAAAAGGCGCCCUUUUCUUUCACGAGGCUAGUGUACAGUCAUACAAUUCAGUGUUUGUUCUACAGAAAUGGACUUGUGGAUGAAUUUUAAGUGAACGAACAAGCCAUCUUCUCUCACUCCUUCCAUUUUCCUUUUUGGCUGCAUUCGUAAAGAGGUUACUGCCCGCAGACAAUGCACCGCUAUUUAAACGACGCACAAUACCACAAAAUAAUAGUUGAAUUAUAUUAGAUGAGGAAUUAACCCUUUUACCAAUGCAGCCAAAGCCUUUGUAAAACGUUUUUCCAUUUUCUUUUUUUUUUCUGUGGACAGUCGUUAUGAACAUAGCUGUAUCAUAAACGAUGCCCUUAAAUGUUGUAUGAAAUAUGACAAAUAAAAUUUAGGAGAAA